GGUGGAACAAGUAAAGAAAGCAACUAUUCACUGAUCAGCUCCAAUCUGGAAGAGGAUUUCAUUGGAAAACCUGAGCAGGAUUCCAAGGAGCUUCUUUGUACAGUACAAAUCUUGCCUGCAGGAGGGAUCUAAUCCAGGGCUGGUUUUCUCCUGCACUCCCACUAAAUACACACAUCUGCUGCCAGGAAAGUCAGAACUGCAACUUCAAAAAUGUACUUUGGUUUGACAUGGCUCUCAAAGCAAGGAUUCCGAAAUACACGACUGAAAAAGAAAGCACUGAACAAUCUUGGCUCCCAGACUGUCACCAGGGCAGGUGGAAAGGGUGCAGAAGCCUGGGGGAAAAGGGGUCUCUCCCAACUUUGUGCCAAGAGCCAGACCCAGCAUGUCCCUAUCGCUUACUGCAAACACCUCUCAUACCAAUCGUAUUCUACUGUAAACACCAGCUCUGAUCAUUACCAACAUGUGUUCCGAGCUUCAGUGCAGGACCCUGAGCAGGUCUGGGGCAAUGCGGCAUGCAACAUCACGUGGUUCAAACCAUGGAGCAAACUUAUGGACAACUCCAAUCCCCCAUUCACAAAAUGGUUUACUGGAGGAGAACUCAACAUAUGUUACAAUGCUCUUGAUCGUCACAUAGAAAAUGGUCGAGGAGAUCAAAUUGCUGUUAUACAUGACAGUCCAGUAACUGACACUAAGCAGCCUAUUACAUACAGAGAAGUUUAUGAACAGGUGUCAAGGUUAGCUGGCGUUUUGGCAAAGUAUGGUGUCAAGAAAGGAGACCGGGUUGUCAUAUAUAUGCCAAUGAUACCCCAGGCAAUGUAUGCAAUGCUGGCAUGUGCCAGAAUUGGAGCUAUACACAGCUUAAUAUUUGGAGGAUUUGCACCAAAGGAGUUAUCAGUGCGAAUUGAUCAUGCAAAGCCCAAGUUAAUUGUGACAGCAUCCUUUGGCAUCGAACCUGGCAGGAAAGUGGAUUACAUCCCGCUAGUGGAGAAAGCGCUGGAAAUGGCACAGCACCAACCAGAGAAAGUUCUUAUUUACAGUAGACCCAAAAUGGAACAGGUCAGUCUUAUUCCUGGCCGUCAUAUUGACUGGGCAGAAGAGAUUGCAAAAGCUAACCCUCAUGAUUGCAUUCCUGUCGCUUCUGGUCACCCACUUUAUGUGCUCUAUACAUCAGGCACAACAGGUGUUCCAAAGGGUGUAGUAAGGUGCACAGCCGGGUAUGCUGUCAUGUUAAACUGGACAAUGUCAGCUGUCUAUGGACUGAAGCCAGGUGAGGUAUGGUGGGCUGCUUCUGAUUUGGGCUGGGUUGUUGGACAUUCAUAUAUUUGCUAUGGACCACUGCUACAUGGAAACACAUCGGUAUUGUACGAGGGAAAGCCAGUUGGAACACCAGAUGCUUCUGCAUAUUUCCGUGUGCUAUCAGAUCAUGGCGUAGCAGCCAUGUUUACUGCACCGACUGCAAUUAGAGCCAUACGUCAGCAAGAUCCUGAGGCCGCUUUGGGGAAGAAGUACCCUUUAACAAAGUUCCGCACAUUGUUUGUUGCUGGAGAACGCUGUGACGUGGAAACGUUGGAGUGGGCCAAAACAAUCUUCAAAGUACCAGUGCUGGAUCAUUGGUGGCAAACAGAAACUGGAUCUGCUAUCACAGCAACCUGUAUAGGACUUGGGAAUUCUUUGACACCUCCUGCAGGGCAAGCGGGGAAGCCUGUUCCAGGAUAUAAUGUAAAAAUAUUGGAUAGCCACAUGCAAGAAGUCAAGCCAAACACACUGGGAAAUAUUGUUGUAAAAUUACCUUUGCCUCCAGGGGCUUUUUCUAUGCUUUGGGAAAAUGAAGAAAUGUUUAGCAAUCUCUACUUCACAAAAUUUCCUGGAUAUUACGAUACAAUGGAUGCAGGAUAUGUGGAUGAAGAUGGCUAUGUAUAUGUCAUGUCCCGGGUUGAUGAUGUCAUCAAUGUAGCAGGUCAUAGGCUUUCUGCAGGAGCAAUAGAAGAGGCUGUGUUAUUGCACAAGUCUGUGGUAGACUGUGCUGUGGUAGGCUUGGAGGAUCCCUUGAAAGGACAUGUUCCACUGGCACUUUGUGUGCUUCGAAAUGGAGUGGACACUGCAGAAGAGAAACUGGCAGAAGAAAUAGUGUUAAUAGUCCGAGAACAUAUUGGGCCAGUAGCAGCUUUCCGGAAAGUGAUCAUUGUAAAGCUGCUACCUAAAACACGUUCUGGCAAGAUCCCUCGCGCCACGUUGUCUUCGCUUGUAAAUUGCAAGCCAUACAAGAUUGGUUCAACUAUUGAAGAUCCAGAUGUGUUUAAAGUUUUAGAAGAUGUUGUAAAAGCAAAAUUAUAAAUAGAGCAAGAUAUUAGUGUUUAUAUUGUAGAAAAACUUUAUUUCCUUG